GAGCGGGGCCGGGGCCGGGAUCCGGGAGCGCGGCCGGGGCUGAGCCGCCGCUGAUGAGAGCGCAGCCGGGAGCGGAGCUCCCGUGAGCGGGACCCUGGGCUCGUAACCGGAGCAGGAGGGACAAAGGAGCAGGCGCAGAGGGAGCAGCCCCCGUGCUGGAGCGGGGGGGAGCCGCUGGAUGUGCGGGGCUUGGGCAAGAUGCUUUCUCUGAAGAAAUACUUCACCGAAGGCCUCAUCCAGUUCACCAUCCUGCUCAGCCUGAUCGGAGUGCGCGUGGACGUGGACACCUACCUGACCUCGCAGCUCCCCCCGCUCCGGGAGAUCAUCCUGGGCCAGAGCUCCGCUUACACCCAGACCCAGUUUCACAACCUGAGGAACACCUUGGACGGUUAUGGCAUCCACCCAAAGAGUGUAGACCUGGACUAUUACUUCACCGCCCGCAGGCUGCUCAACCAGGUGAGGGCCCUGGACAGGUUUCAGGUGCCCACCACCGAAGUCAGUGCCUGGUUGGUGCAUAGAGACACCGAGAGCUCCGUGGCUGGGGCGCAGCCCAGCGCCGGCAUCGCCCUAGAGAACGGCAGCGGCCUCCAGGAUGGGAGCAGCCCCGAGGCCGGGGUGAGGGAGAGCGGAGCUGAGCAAGGCUUUGGGGACGAGCUGGAGGAUCUGGGAGCGGUGGCUGCCCCUGUGAAUGGCAACCUGACCAAAGAGGACAUCGAUUUGAUUGACAUCCUGUGGAGACAGGACAUCGAUCUGGGCGCCGGGAGAGAGGUGUUCGACUACAGCCACCGGCAGAAGGAGAGCGAAGUGGACAAAGAGCUGAGCGAUGGGAGGGAGCGAGGGGACGGCUGGAGGAGAGAGGUCCUGGCCAGGAACCUGCUAGUUGAUGGGGAGACCGGGGAGAGGUUCCCUGCGCAGGUGCCCGGUGCGGAGGAUCAGACAGCGCUGUCCCUGGAGGAGUGCCUUAGGCUGCUGGAGGCCACCUUCCCCUUCGGGGACAAUUCGGAGUUUCCAGCUGCGGAUGUGUCCACCCUGAGCGAAGCCGUGCCCGGUGAGAGCCGGCCCGCGGGCGGCCAGCCCGGCCUGCUCCCCCCCCUGCUCCCCGAGGCCGAGUCGCCCUUCGACCUGGAGCAGCAGUGGCAGGACCUCAUGUCCAUCAUGGAGAUGCAGGCUAUGGAAGUGAACACCACGACGGCCGAGCCCCUGUUCAACGGCACGAGCGGGGACCUGCUGGCCUCCAACUACAGCCUCGCCCCCAACACUCCCAUCAACCAGAACGUCAGCCUGCAUCAGGCCUCCUUGGGUAGCUGCUCGCAGGACUUCUCCCUCUUCAGCUCAGAGAUCGAAAGCCCCUCCAUGGCCGGCGGCUCGGCCCUGCUCCAGCUGACACCGGACAACUCCACCGGCCUCAACAGCACCUUCGGCUCCACCAACCUGAGCGGCAUCUUCUUCCCCCCGCAGCUCAAUGGCACCGUCAAUGAGACAGCAGCCCCCGAGCUGCCCGACCCGCUGGGGGGGCUCCUGGAUGAAGCCAUGCUGGAUGAGAUCAGCCUGAUGGACUUGGCCAUCGAGGAGGGCUUCAACCCGGUGCAGGCCUCGCAGCUGGAAGAGGAGUUUGACUCCGACUCAGGUCUUUCUCUGGAUUCUGGCCACAGUCCUGCUUCUCUGAGCAGCUCCGAAGCCUCCUCCUCCUCGUCCUCUUCCUCCUCGUCCUCUUCCUCCUCCUCGUUUUCCGAGGAAGGAGCCGUCGGCUACAGCUCCGACUCCGAGAACGUGGACUUUGAAGAAGCGGAAGGGGCGGUUGGAUACCAGCCAGAGUACAGCAAGUUCUGCCGCAUGAGCUACCAGGACCCGUCGCAGCUGCACUACCUGCCUUACCUGGAGCACGUUGGCCACAACCACACCUACAACAUGGCACCGGGGGCCCUGGAUCCCGAGGAGCCCAAACUGCCCAGCACCGGGAAGAAGAGCAGCAAGGAGAAGCCGUCCGAGUUCCUGGACAAGCAGAUGAGCAGGGACGAGCAUCGAGCCCGCGCCAUGAAGAUCCCUUUCACCAACGACAAGAUCAUCAACCUGCCCGUGGAGGAGUUCAACGAGCUCCUCUCCAAGUACCAGCUCAGCGAGGCUCAGCUCAGCCUCAUCCGCGACAUCAGGAGGCGAGGCAAGAACAAGAUGGCUGCGCAGAACUGCCGCAAGAGGAAGCUGGACACCAUCCUCAACCUGGAACGGGACGUGGAGGACUUGCAACGGGACAAGUCCAAACUGCUCAGGGAGAAAGUGGAAUUCCUUAAAUCCAUCCGGCAGAUGAAGCAGAAGGUGCAGAACCUUUACCAGGAGGUCUUCGGGCGCCUGCGGGAUGAGAACGGGCAGCCCUACUCGCCCAGCCAGUACGCGCUGCAGUACGGCACCGACGGCAGCGUGCUCCUGAUCCCGCGUGCCGCGGCCGAGCAGCCGGCGCGGCGCCAGGACCGCAAACAGAAGGACCGGCGGAAGUGAGGGGAUGGGAGCAGCAGGACACUCGUUCAACAGGGAGAACUGGAGAAGGGCUGAGCCUGGAAGUACGUAGAGGAACUUUCAAUGCCUUCUUAUCCGAUCCUAUCUUCUCAAACCCCACAACCCACAGCAACCCAACCCACACGAGCAAAGGUGACUGCUGCCGGCCGGAGACGCUGCGGGCAGAGCGCGCUGGGGGCUGCCCGCCGCCGCAAUUCCACAGCUUUGGAAUCUGCAGGACACGAGCUGGCAGCACUGGCGGUGGGCUUGGCAGAGGCGGAGAAACAAACUACUGUUAGGAACUGGCUUUAAAUAAGUGAAACAAAAGAGAUUUAAGCAAAUGAACUUAAACCAAGUGAUAGGAGAGACAUUUUCUGAACUUCCAAAGUUCUGUGAUUUCAGGUAGUUGGUUUAUGAUUAUUUUUCUUUUUCCCUAUUUUAUUUUCCCUUAUUUUUUUUGUUUUGGUUUUGGUUCUUUUUCGUUUCCUUUCCCUGGCCCCGUUUUUGCCAUCGGUGUGUGUGACUCGAUCCGACUGAAUUCCAGAUUUACCCAGCAUCCCUUCCUAGAGCAGACCGGUGCACACAUGGCAACACGCGGGCUGGGACUUCCCAUUAACCCUUUCCAGGCUUGAGGAAGCUCACAGGGAGAACCGGGUACGUGCGGAGGAGCUGUGGAGGGCGUUCGGGAAAGGGGGGCACUGCAGAGGGGUAACAGAACCGCUGUGCUCCGGGUCCCCCCCAUCACCACACUCAGAGCAUGUCACUGCCGCAGCCAGCGCCGGGCUGGGCCGGCACACGCAGCAGCCUGCAUGCAAACGCUGUCGUCUCCCAUCCAAGGGCCAGGAGCUGGAUGAGAAGGGUGGGGGGGUCCUUGGGCACCCCCCCCCAGUGCACAGCACAAGGGGAGCAGAGGGUUUAACCCCUUCCCUGUCCCCCCAAGCCGCGGGCUCGUCACUCAUAGAACUUAUAGACAGCCGUUAGGAUUCCUGUGUCCGUAACCGCGCUUUGAUUUCUUGGGGCUUCAGCCCUGGUUUUCCCUAUAGGGUCUUGAGUGCUUGUGUUGAGUAAAAGAAACAUAAAAAGGGAGAAGCCCAAACGUUCAAAGCUGCUCAAUGUUCUCUUUGCCAUACCGAAAGAUUCCGUGUAACCGUGUGAUCACAUUAUAGGAUUCUCUUCUGUCCCUAGGUGUUGGUCUGACUUCCUUUGUUUUCAGGAGGGGGGUGGGGGUAGUGCCUUGAUCACUGUCCGUCUCCGCCACGGAGGCGAUCCUCUGAAGCUGUAUUUCCAGUAUAGCACAGCUGGGAGCCAACCGACUUUACCAGCAACCAACAAAACAAAGCUUCCAAACCCAACCGAAAGGCUUUGCCAAGCCAGUCCUGUGCGUGCGGGUCGGGCUGAGGGAGGACUCGGGCUGGGAACGCAAGGGAAGGAACCCUGGUACAGGCAGGAGAGAGGCCUGGCGUGGCCAUGGGGAAGGUGGUUGGAUCUCAUGGUGGGGGGGGGGUUGUAGGGAUCUGCUCUCUGCAGCCCCUGGAGUGCUCCUUGAGAUCCUGUGGCUGGACUUGGGCAGGAGCUGAAGCACAAGAGGUGGAGCUGUGGGUGCGGGGAGGUUGGAAGGGAGCCCUGCGCGGAUGGUUUAAGUUAUUUUUCCUCUUAGAAACUCUUCUUUUGAGUGCUCUGUGACCUGUCAGGGAACGAGGAGAGAUUGUGUGAGCACAGGACGAAAAUAAACCGGCUUAUUCACUGUA